AUGCCACAGACUCCCGUCAAAAAAGGCCCUGAGCUCACUAUCCACUUGGAUCGUCCGGAUUCAACAUACAUUCCUGGAGAAGUGAUUACGGGCCAUAUAUCUCGGAAAGCUCACAUCGUCGCUUCCUCAGCAACUGUCCGUAUCUCGUUGCAUGCAAGAAGUAAAUCGCGAAUGGUGGCGCGGCGCGGGCAUUUGACAUCGACAUAUCGCGGACGCUUUGAUCUCGUGCAAUCAACUGAGUACUCCAAAACGGUUUUUGAAGGUCCUGUGCAUAUUGCGGAGCACGAUGUCGAGCAAAGGUGGCCCUUAUCAAUCACUCUACCUAACUCUGUAGAUGGAUCUGCACCGCAGUCGUUAGCAGGGCCGGAUCAGACUUAUCUGACAGCGGAUGUAUCGGAACAACCUCUUCCGCCGACAUUCUUGAUCGAGCGGUACGACUACAUGUCUGGAAUGUCAGCGUUUGUCGAGUAUUACUUGCAGGCAGAGUUGAAGACAGCUUCGAGAGGCUCUGGUACCGCUGAAGCGAUACUACCCUUCAGGAUGCUGUAUAUCAGCCCGGAGCCUUUGCCAGCUCACAUAGAUCUUCACACAACACGCCAAACCCUUGCUCUUCAAGGCGAUAACCCUUUGGUGGCCAGCGUUGAGAUUCAGACACCGACAACGCUGCAGAUUGAAGGUCCAGAUCCCAUGCCAUUCCUGGUCCUUGCAGUUCCACCCGCAGGCGUCGACCUUGAGAAGCAAAAGCCAGGUCUUCCUUCAAUUCAGAUAACUCGGAUCUUCAUGAACGUUGUCGCAAAGACCGAGAUCAAGUGCCCAAAGGGGAAGAAUGUUCAUGAGACAGAUUGCGAGGCUCGGGUAACACUACAUGCCGAAGAUGCCUUUAAUCAGUAUGACGACGAAUUAUACAUCCCAUGGCAGAGACCAGCCAUAGAAUCCCAGUUGCAAGGAACGGGUUCAGGAUCUGAGAUGAGACCCUCAGAGAGUCUCGAUAUCGGGACCCAACUCAACCUUCGUCUGCAGCGAAGUAAAGACUUGUAUCCAUCAUUCCAAACCUUCAACAUUCGACACACGCACCGCAUCCAAUGGGAAAUGACAGUGGACGCCGGCAAAAGCUUUGAGCUUUCUGGUGAAGAGCCAAUCAAGGUCCUCAGCAGGCCUGAGGCCGAGCGCAAUACGGAAUGGAUCCAGCCACCGCCAGAAGACCACCCGCCAAGCUUUUCUGAUGACGAGGACGGAGCCGGGUCAGCGUCUAGACGUAGCAGCCGGCAAACAGAUCCAGCGGCUGGCGUGGGUGAGCAGCUAAGUUUUUAUUUCGACUUUGUCAAAGUCAUCGUGUCGCAUCUUGCCAUGAUGGCAGUGCAGAAAGGGCAAUCGAUUAUUCAUAAAGCUACGUAUCGACUGUUACCUGAGUCACGCGUCGUUGUUGUCGUCGGAGGCUCUUUUGCGGGGAGUCUUGUUGCCCAGCGCUUGGCUCACACGCUGCCCUCCGGUUAUCGGGUCAUUCUCAUCGAAAAACACUCUCACUUCAACUACGCGUUCAGCUUCCCUCGAAACUCCGUCUUGUCAGGACGGGAGCAUAAUGCCUUCAUUACGUACGACAACAUCGCUGCAGGUGCUCCGGACGGCAUCUUCCAGCGAGUCUGCGACGAAGCAUCUGACAUCACGGAGACCCAUGUUCACACCGUCGGCGGGGUCUCCCUCCCUUACGAUUACCUCGUCAUCGCCACUGGCGCAGCGCAGCCUCCUCCCGCCCGAUUGAAUGCACGGAUUAAAGAAGACGCGAUUCAAGAACUACGAGGAUUCCAGCAACGCGUCGCCAAGGCCGAUAGAAUCGCGGUCAUUGGAGCUGGAGCUGUCGGUGUUGAACUGGCUACCGAAAUCAAAGAAGAGUACCCUAACAAAAAGGUUACCCUCGUUCAUUCCAGACAACAACUCCUACCGAGAUUUGGUCGGAAGCUCCAUGAUCAUGUCAUAUCUGCACUUAAGAAUCAAGAUAUCGAGGUUAAAUUAGGCGAGAGACCUGAGUUUCCAAGUGAUGCUGGUCAAACUGUCCAGGAGACCAGCCUUACCUUUUCUAGCGGAGAGAUCAAGACCUUUGACCUCGUGAUUCCCUGCACUGGCCUUCGCCCGCGAUCUGACGUCCUCGCCGCAUAUUCUCCCAAGAGCAUCGCGUCUAACGGUGAGAUCCUGGUCAAACCAACGCUCCAAGUCGAGAACCUGCCCUCGUCCCAACAGCACAUCUUUGCAGUCGGCGAUGUGGCCCAGACUGGAGGCGCAAAGCAAGCUCGGGCUUGUAUGAUGCAAGGCGAGGUUGCAGUCCAAAACAUACUGAGCCUUAUCAAGAGUAAGAGUGCCACCAAAGAAUACAAGCCACAAUUCUUUGAAGGCAUGCUAAACUUGACAUUGGGGACGCAUAGCGCUGUGGUGCAUAUCCAGAAAGGAGAUUACGAGCUGCUUAAGGCAACUAAGGGACCAGAUGCGGAUUUAGAUGUAGGAAAGAUGAGAUGGCAGCUCAAUGCAAAGUCAGGAUGA